GAUCGCCUACACUUGGGUGAGCAAACGAUGGGUUUUGCCAGCUCCCUACUGGAUGCAGACGGUUGACUAUGUGGAUCAGGGCUUCACCGCCGAGAUCUAUUUGAUCGACUCGAACAUUGAGGACGCCGACGAGGACACCAGCGCCAACCCGGAGCACAACAUUUGCGGCGCCAUGCACAACCCACCGGGCUCCAGCUGUGCCAAGCACCGCGACGGCCUGGGGGACAUGGAUGGACAAGCGGAGCGGAUUGAGUGCGGGUUGUUCAGCUUGUGCAGACCCCCAGAGAUUGGUCGCCGCGGCAUGUGUUCUUCAAACAGCUUGAUCAAGAAGUAUCUGGAACAGGAAUCGAUUUACUCUGGCCAUACAAUCAGAGUCUUUUUGAGACUGUCCCACUAUUUAGCUUUGAAGAGGUUUGGAGACAAAACAUGAUGAUAGAUGCUGGAUGAUGUUGGCCUCGGUCAGAUGCAUCCGAGGAUCGGAGGCCCCUCAAGCAUCCAAGAGUGCCAUGACUGGUUCCAGAAGCUUUGGGAUGAAGGUGCCGCUUGGGCCACUGAGAAGCUGCAGAAGUCUGAAGCUGAUUGGCAAAUCAUGGUGACGCACUUCCCUUGUGGGCACAAGACCAAGUUCUACAAGGAACUUCACUUGAAGUAUGGCCUGGAUCUCCUGGUCACCGGCCAUGCACAUUACCAGUUGAUGUAUUGGUCCCCAGAGAAGCUUGGUGGCCUGAAGUGUUUCAUCACCGGCGGCGGUGGCGGCAUCACCUCGGAGAACAGCGUGGAACCAGAGAACCCGGACGACUACCAGUAUGGUUUCUUCGACCUGACCAUGACCAAGAAGGAGAUCAAAAUCGAGUCGAUCAACUGGAAAGGCAAUGUGAUUGAGACCGAGACGGUGGAGCCUUACACGGGCACUGAUACCAAGAAAGCAGACUUGGAGCCUUGCGUAAUCCCCAAGCCCGGCUCAACUUGCUACAAGACCAUCAUGUGGGCGAUGAAGGAUGGGAUCCAUUCCAAUCCCGAUUGGUUCCCAGGCUUGACCUCGUUGUCCCCCGUGGCGAAAUUCCAAGAGAAGUUCUACAAAGAGCACAAGGAUGGAUGUGGAAAGCCAUGCGAUGCAUGACUGGAGCGAGAGCUCACCAAUUUCAGUUUCACCGAUCUUAGACAUCGCAUGCAGAUGUGGAGCCAACAUAAUCACAAAAGGAAGCAAAAAGCCUUCCAGACCCUGCACGCAUGUGACAAAAAGCUCCCCCACGACGAGGUAGAUGUGC